ACCUUUUCUUGUUUAUUUAAAGUGGAAGUUCAACUAAAAAGUGAAACUAAUAAUUAUUCACCUUUUAUUUAAAAAACUUGUUCUUAAAGUACGUAAUGUCCACCCAUGGUGGUCCAUCUCUUGUUAAAGUUGAACCGAACGAAGAGGAAGACAUUAACAUCUCUUUUGAGAGCAAUGUUUUCGUACCCAAUGAAAUUCCGUCAGCAAUAAAGGAGGAGAAGAAGGAAAUUACGUUUGCCGAAAAAUAUUCUCGGCAGGAACCUCAAUCUUCAACCUUGAAGGCUUUUAAAGCAUCAAUCAAAGGUUUUAAAGACGUUAAAUGUGAAUAUUGUGAUUACGCAACACAUUCUAAGGAGCUUCUAAGACGACAUCUCCCAAAGCACAAAGUUAUUAAAGAUUUUAAUUGUGCCCAUUGUUAUUAUGCAACACAUUCUAAGGAGCUUUUAAAAGAUCACCUUCUAACCCAUAAAACUGCUAAAGAAUUUAAAUGUGUCAAUUGUGAUUACGCGACACAUAAUAAGAAACUGUUAACGCAACACUUUAAACGUCACGUUUUAACGCUUAAAGCAAGUUUUAAAUGUGACCAUUGUAAUUACGUGACACUAAAGAAGUCCCAUUUAAAAGAGCACCUUUUAAUACACAAAAUUGACAAACUGUUUAAAUGUACCAGUUGUGAUUAUUCGUCGCAUACUAAACGAAAUUUAAGAAGGCAUUUUGUGAAACACACAGACACCAAGAAUUUUAAAUGUGUCCGUUGUGAUUACGUAACACAUAAUGAAAUAUAUUUGAAACGACACUCAAAGAGACACCUUUUACCACGUAAAGUUGACAUUUUUAAUUGCGACUAUUGUCAUUAUGCCACGCAAAAUAAAUACCAUUUCCAAAGUCACAUGCUAAUACAUACAACUGUCAUUAGAGAUUUUUACUGUGCCAGUUGUAACUUUGUAACGCACAGUAAAGAAGGUGUAAAAAGACAUAUCUUAACACAUAAUGGUGCGAUUGGUUUUAAAUGUAACAUGUGUGAUUAUAAAACGUAUAGUAAACGGCUUUAUAGAGUACAUCUCUUAACACAUCAAACUGGUAAAGAAUUUAAAUGCGGCAACUGUGAUUUUAAAACGCUUACUAAGGAACUUUUAACGCGACACUUAAAACACACAGUUACCAUACCAAGUUUUAAAUGUGUCUAUUGCAAUUAUGAAACACAAAAUAAAUACCAUUUCCAAGGGCACCUUUUAAUACAUACAACCGUCGUUACAGAUUUUAAAUGUGCCAAUUGUGAUUUUGUAACCCACUCUAAAGAUGGUAUAAAAAGACAUCUUUUAACUCAUAAGGUUUCUAAAGAUUUAAAAUGUGCCUAUUGCAAAUACGCGACAAACUUUAAAAGCAGCUUAAAACGACAUCUCUUGUCACGGAAACAUCUGCAAGGCUUUAAAUGUAAUGUGUGAUUAGAUUGUGGAAGUACAGCAUACGAAAUUGGUAAGCUGCAGCAAAUUUUAAAUGUAUCUACUGUAAUUUUAAUGUAACAUGUGAUUGUGAAACAAAUAAUAAAUUUUACAAAACUUUACAAAGUAGGUACCUACAUCUUGGUUUCGUAGUAAACAAUGGAAGAAGUAUCUUUUUUACCCGUGUAGGGGUGGGAAAGAAUAACUUUAACAGAGUGUAGUGCAUGUCGGACAAGGCGACUAAACAACAGCAAGUCACCCGCAACCCUAGCGCUGAUGAUUGGUGAGAGAAUUUGUUUUUGAAUGGCUCUGAGUCUAAGUGCGUUUGAAAACGGCGUGAUUGAAUUGGAUGGGUGUAAAUCUAAAAAAAUAGCGGGAAGUUGAUUGUUCUGAGAUCACCGACAGAUCGUCCAUACGUUACAUUUGCUUAUUCCUGACCCCCCCCCCCCGUCCACUGAUCGCGAAAUUCGCGUUGAGCCGUAAGCGAAGUUAAGUCAACACCCUGUAAAUGACCGUGGGGCGGUUUUAUUUGUGAAGAGAAUUCGCUCUUAAAAUUAUUUCAUAUAUUGGUGUGACACCCUAAUAAUCGAGAAUGUGUUUUGCUUUAGGAGAAAUCUUGUGUUAAUACGCUAACGAAAUUAAAUUCACCAUAUGAAGAUUUUAAAUUCAAGCGGGACCCGGCUAGUAGAGGUUAACUGCACUAUGCACGCUUAAUAAGUAUUUUUUUUAUAUCUAGACUCUGAUAUCUAGAUACAGAUAAAAAUGGAGAAAACCCAGGAAUUGAGUAUAAAGGAAUUUACAUCCAACAGCUUAACAAUAUUGUGAGAGUCAAUGGAAACGGAAA